AUGGAUGCAUCACCAAGAGCUUCAACUAGCUCCAGCCUAACAUCUGAGCGAACUCCUCUCCUACGACACGACACAAGCCGUCCUAGAAGCGCGCGCAAUGUAACCUUCAACCCCAAUCCCGUAACGAGAACAAUCGAUCCCGAUCCCUCAUCCUUAAGCUCCUCGCCCAGUACUACAGGCAACUUUAGCCAUGCACGCCUCCCUAGCUCUAUGGCCUCGAGUAGUGGUUCCGCUGGCCCGCCACCUAUGCUCUCCGCGCUGAACAGUCGGCUGCGUCGACGUAACAGCCACGGCGCUGUCUUCACCGCUCUCCCACCGGCAGCUAGCCCUAUACCCAAAAUUGGCCCCCAGCGAAGUUCCAAGAAGGCAGAGAAGCUGAAAUUAUUACCAAAUCCCGAACUUGACGUGGAGGGACCCGAUGAAGAGAGCGGCAGAGAUGUCUACUCUCAGUAUACACGCAUUAAAGAUCCUACUGCAAGAAGAGAUGCCGCACGAUUAGGCAAAGCAGACCGUGACAGGCUGCCGCGUGUAACGGCUUACUGCACGGCUACAAAGUAUAACAUGGAUGGGCUGAUGCGAUUUCUCAAGGGCAGGGGUAAAAAUAGGGGUUCAAAUCCCAAGCUGAUUGAUGAAUGCAUAUACUCGCCGUAUAAUUACGCGCUCGGGAAAUCUGUAGAACGAGCUGAAGCAGCGGAAGAAGUACGGCAAAGACCGAUCCAGACUUAUGAGAGGAGACAUUCUACCGGCGAAGUGGAAGAACACUCGGAUGCAUAUAAGAGGGAAAGCCUGCGGAACCUGCAAUCACAACAAGAUGGCGCAUCAGAUACCGAGCAGAUAUUCAGUAAUGGCCGAGAUGUACAUAAUAACCUCUCCUACCCGAUGCAUUCCGAGGAUGAGAGCGCCAUACAUGAUCCGCAUUCGGAUUCCGAACACCAGCAGCAUGGUGCCGACUUCGAUAUCCACGUACAUACACCGGAAGUAUUCUUAUUCGACUACGGUGUUGUUGUGAUAUGGGGCAUGUCGCCAGCACACGAGCAAAGGUUCCUAAAAGACAUCGCUAGAUUCGAACUUGAUAAGCUAAAUUUGGACGACGUGGAGACGGAGUGCUUUAACUUUUACUACACCAACGAGUACCAACCACGGAUAUACAACGACUUUAUCACCCUGAGGGACAAGGGGAACUACAUGACGAAGUUAGCCAUAUCGCACGCGUUGGCGCAAAGUGUCAAGACGUCCCUCUUCGAGGAGCUUAUCGCAUCGACAGUCGACACAUGCAAGGACAUACCGACACAGAUUGCUCUAACGGGUAAGAUCGCGCUGUCGCGGUCGCAAAUCAACAUGCAAAUUGGCGAGCUGUUCAUCCUGCGCAUCAGCAUCCAUCUCAACGGCAGCGUGCUUGACACCCCUGAGCUCUUCUGGGUUGAACCCCAUCUCGAACCCGUCUAUCAAGCCGUUCGCAGCUACCUCGAGAUGGAUCAACGUGUCCGUCUGCUCACUGAGCGUCUCGAUGUCAUUGCUGACUUACUCGCCGUACUCAAAGAUCAGCUGAGCCAUGGUCAUGGAGAGAAAUUGGAGUGGAUCGUCAUCGUCCUCAUCGCCGCAGAAAUCCUAGUCGCAGCCGUCAACAUUGUCGUCGACCUCUACGCGGGCGUAGACUAA